CAUUCGAACAAGAAGCUGUUUCAUCGUCAGCCGGGGAGAGACUAGCAGGCUGCUAAGCUCCAGCUGCACCAGGCCCGUUUGGAGAAGGUGUCUCUGCACACAGAGAGGCACAAACACUGCGGACAAGGUCUUAUUUUAAAGAAUUCACAUCUAGAGGUCUGUUUUCCGGAGCAGCCGUUGGGUCAGGCUGCAGGGUUUCUCCGGCAGUGCGUCGGUUGAGGACAGCUCGGGUGACGAUGAGCCUCUGAGUGCCCUGAUGAAGAGUAAAAAGGCUCCUGAGAGGAAUAAAUACUCAAACGAGACACAGUCACCUGGAUGCAGCUCAGAUGAUGAAUCUCUAAGCAAAAUGACCAAGUCCAAAAGCUCAUCACCUGCAAGCUCAGAAGGACAUCAGGAGAGUGCUGCAGUUAAGCCCUCAGAUUCAGAGGAUGAUCAGCCACUAACAGCGAUGGUGAAAAAGAGAAAGAAGAGGCCGGUCAGAGAGGAGACUGAGAUGCUUGAACAUCUGGACAGGCAUAAAAUAGAGGAGAAGGCCUCUAAGCUGAGACAGGCAUCAACGUCACCAGUGAAGACCCCCCAGAAAAGAGGAAGAAAAGUUAAGCAGGAAAGGAAGAGAGUGGCUUCAGAACAAUCCACACCUGAGGACACGGCACCUAAAAAGAGAGGGCGCCCUAAGAAAGAAGAUACAGAGAAAAAAGCACCCUCUGGUGACAGCUCCGGUGAUGAUGAGCCUUUGGUCCGGCUGGUGAAGAAGAAGAGGCAGCCACAGAUGAAGCAGGCGGUCGUGCUGCUGAGGCGAAUGUCUAAAAGCGACGUUAUUGACGCAAUUACACAAGGGGACACACGCAGCCGAGAGCGGACCAGCAAAGACAGGGCAGGCACAAAGAGUGAUGUGGAAAGCUUGGACGAGGAGCCGCUGAGUCACAAAGUGAAGCGACAGAAACAGCAGAGUAAGCCUGUGAAAGACAGAACAAGAGGUGCCAGCUCGGAUGACGAACCUCUGGUGAGGCGAGUGAAGGCAGCACCGGUGAGGAAUAAGUGCAGGAAAAAAACCAAUGGUGACACACCCAAACAAGAAUCUGAGCUGGCUGACGAGUUAAAAAACGACUCUGACGACGAGUGCCUGGUAAAGAGGAAAUCAGACACAGCAGCUCAGCCUCUCUACAGGGAAAGCAGCAGCUGAACAACGCACGCACAAGUUUGGUGUGAAAGCAGAUCUAAGAAGACGACUCCCUUAUUAUUCAUAUCAUUCUGUGAUCAUAAGUCCUGCAUUCAACUACAUUAUUUAUUUGUAGUAAUGACGGUGCUAAACUGUCAUGCUGGAUUUAAUUUCCCUGGAUUUCGUAUCGUAUACUGCGUAGUUGCACAGUUUCAUGCCAUGAUGCACAUGAAUGCAUGAAACGGUUACUUUGUUUUAAAUUAGAUUGUUUUAAAUAUUUUAUAUUCAUCGGUUUCUGGUCUUUUUAUGUUAAGCAUGCAGAUGUUUUGUUUGGACAGUGUUUGUAGUAAAAAAGAAGUGCACUAAAUGAAAUGCAGACACGA